AGACACAAAAGAGGCUUUCAAUUCGAAUCGCCUAUUGAAUGGGCGAAAGCAGCGCUAUUUUACGGCACGUCGGUGGGUUUACUGAAAUUCCGAGCAUUACCGAAAGGAGUGGCGACCACGAAAAGUACGACCGGAAAAGAAGAAGAAAAGGGGGAAAAGAGAAGGAGGUGAAUGCACACUUCCUUCAACAAAGAAACUCGUAUGUCAUCACUUCUCUCCCGCAGACAGCGCAACAGUGGGAGUGGAUUGCGUCCGUAUUCGUCUGACACGUUUCAGCUGCAGGAAGAGGAAGCGUAGUGAUUCGAAGAGCCACUUCUCUUUGCGAUCCAGUUGCUCCAUUUUCCUCUUUCUUUUGCUCUUUUGUUUUCUUCUUCAACCCUCCUACCGCGGCGGCGGCGGUACUUUCGUUCCACGUUCGUCUACGGUAGGUUCUGUGUUGACCUUUGCGGUUUUGUCUUUUCAGCUACUUGUGCAACGGCCUCAACGGCACGCUCUCCGAGUCCCGGGGGAAGUCACAGUUGUCGACUUCUACUUUAUCUCUGUGUUGUUGUUGUUUUUCUUUGUCUGCGUGUUUUAAAGCAAACAACGAGGAAGUUUUUCUGUGGUGGUACUCCUACGUUUUUGUUGGGUGUGUGUGUGUGUUUGCGAAGUCCGCCGGAAGUGUCAGUGGAAUAGCCGAAGCGGUUCACGUCACAAGAGAUAUCGUUAUCCUUCCUUUAUAACUUUGCUUCUGCAGGUAAGACUUGUUUCUUUCUUGUUAAAGCACCACAAAAAGAAAAGCUUAUAAGUAGCUGAAAGGGAAACGAAUUCGGAAUGCUUCCAGCCGCUCGCAUUGUCGGCAUCACGACGUUGGACGCGGACGCUGCCCAACCUCCGCCUCACGCUGCCGGUGGCGGCACUUCUUUCUCCAACAACGUGCCGUCUGCUGCUGCUACUGCCACUUCGGCAGGCGCCACUCAACCCGACCACGGCAGCGCUGUCCCACCGACAGAGCCGCAGUCGUCGCAGGAGGAGCCGCGAACACCGCAACCCCACACAUCACGAACAGAGGAGGAGCAGGAGCCGCCCAUUGAGGAGCUCGUCAACAAGGCCGUCAUUCACGGCGACAAGCCGAUCGAGCACCUCCCUCUGAUUUCCCCACCUGAGCUGAAGCUGAUCGGUCGGUGUGUGACGUUCAAAGGGGACACUACGGUCAAUGGCGAGACACACUCUUUCUACUACGAGGGCCUCGUUGGCACCAUCAACAAGGAGACGGUGAUGCUCAUCUACGUUCAGCGCUACACUGAAGAAGACUUCCAGCUGCACAAGCUGCAGCUUCGCCACGACCAGGACAACAACCAAGGAAACGGAAAGGGCAGAGGACAGGAGACGAUGGAGGGCGGCAGCAGCAACGAGAGGGGUGGCAUGAACGACUUCAACACCGGCGGUGAGGGCGGCCCGCACGCGGGCAUGGCGACGCCCCCAGCCACGACGCGCGAGGAGCGCGAGGCGCACCGCCACAGCACUGACAGCGCGUCCGACGGUGGCUCACAUCGCGCUAACGGGAAUGAUUUUGACUUUGACCACACGACAGCCACACUGCGGAUGGAGGAGCCGCAGCUGCUGAAUGACCUAGGCGAGACGCACGCAGAGGCCACCACGCGGGUGCGGAACCGCAUGCGGGGCCACGAGGGCUCCAUGGGCCCCAUUCCAUAUGUUACCUUCUCCCGCUCCCGCAUUCACCGCGUCGAGUUCGGCGUCGACCCCCGCAGCAGCUUCUACUCCGUUUUUCAAGAUCCCACGAAGCUGCUUUUUGAUAUGCAGUGUCUUCGCAUGUUCGUGCGACGGUAUUUGAUUCAUACCUCGCAGGGAAACAACCCUCGCAUGGUGCCCCUCCGCGCUUUCGUCACGUGCCGAUGCAACUGCCCUGACCUCGACAACGAACUGCUGCUACAGACGACGAAGGAGGAGCUGGCGCACCUCAUCAAAAUCGACCGUGACGUCAAGCGGGCGAAGAAGAAGAAGGAGCAGGGCCGACGCAACGUGCUUCGUGCGUAUCGCGCGCCGAAUGGGCUGUUCCGACACACCGGCGUACUCUAUCUCACCCACCUGCCGCGUCAAACCUUCAUGAUUGGUGUAAUGGAGUUAGUUCUUAUUGCUGUCGUGCUCACCUACCAGAUCAUCAACAGCCUGUCCACUGAACUCACCGUGAUUGCGCCGUAUAUAAUGAAGGUGUACCCCUAUAUUUUCGCCACCGUUGUCGUGUCGGUGAUGGGGACUGGGUGCACGCUGCUGCACUCGGUGCGCAUGUCCAUUCCAGUAAAUGACCAGCUCUACCUGACUGCUAUCCGCGGCCUCUUCACCUUUGGCGCGGUCGCAUGCGCCAUUGUAACGAUGAUCGUGGCGGGGGAGAUGGCGAGCUUGACGCGGUGGUGGUCGUUUUAUCAACACGAGCUCACACAGGAGCGCCUGUGCUACUUUUACGGGUCACACCGCUGCAGCGGCAUCUCUGAGUCGUGCGUCACGGCGUUUAACUCCUCGGAGUGCCGAUGUCCUGAGGUAACGUCUCCGCUCCAGUUCUUUCCCUACCCCUGUGAUACACAGAUCGUCCUCUUGAUUCAGCGCAUCACGAUUCCGCUUGUGUGUAUGAGCUUCUUGGUUUUUGUGACCUACUUGUUCGACGGGUACCUGCACCUCCGUCUUUUCCAUAUCGCUCGCCUUCUGGAGCGGCGGAUGUGA